UGGGACUCAACUAAUUCAGGUAUGAGGACAGUUUGUGGAUGCUUUCUGGAAAAGCAGACCUGAGAUGGACAGAACCCUGGAGUCUUUGCAACUUGUAAUUGCCCAAGUUCUUCCUCAUAGAGACCCUGCCCUAGUAUUUAAAGACUUGAAUGUCGUAGCAAUAUUGCAGGAGUUCAGGGAAAGCAAACAGAAGCAGAAAGCUGUACUUCCAAGCGAAGGCAUCGUUGUAUAUGAGUCACUGAGCAACUUGGGCCCACCAUAAGUGAGUUACAUUACCUUGCCAGGUGGAAGUUGCUUUGGUAACUUUCAGAGCUGCUUAAGCACAGCAGAGGCAAGGCGAGAUGCUGCAAAAGUGGCUCUGGUCAACUCGCUCUUCAAUGAAUUGCCUUGUUGGAGGAUCACAAAGGAAUUCAUCAUGGAAAGUGUUCAGGAGGCUGUUUCCUCAACCAGCAUAAGUGGUAACUUAAAGGAUGCUGAUGACCCAAGCACUAGUAUUGGAGCCUAUUAUUACAUGCUAGAAUCGAACAUUGGAAAGACAAUGCUGGAAUUUCAGGUAUAA